CUAAACAAGAAGUACAUGUUUUUACAUACAUCUAUAGACUAUCAACACAUAGCAAGAAUAUAACAUUUCUAAUAAACAAGGAGAAUACAAUGCAUCAACUUGGUUGGUUUGCUGUCAAUCCAAUAUAUUAAAAUCUUUUGAAUUCUCUCUUUCUUCCCAGUUGGGAUGUUCUUUCUCUAUCCCCAGCCCUCUCUUCCUCCAGCUAGAACUACCAAAAUUAAAGUUCGAAUCUUUAGCUGAGGAAGGACAGAAUAAACCAACAACCCCUUAAAUUUUACUUGCACCAUUUUCUUCUACUUUCUUUUCAAUUUUUUUCUCAUUAAUUUCAUCCAUCAAUUCCCUUCCAAUAAUUAAAUUAAAUUUACUCAAGUAAUAUAUUCAUUAUUCAUUACUAGCUUUGACCCAAAAAAGGAGAAAAAAACAGAGAUCUAAGGAGGCUAAAAUUUCUCAUUUUUGUUCAAUUUUUGUAGAGAUCUGUAUAUAAACUCCAUAGAUUCUCUUGGGUAAAAGUUGAAAUUUACCCUUAGUCUUUUCUUUGGUGGGGAUACCAAUAAAAAAAAAAAAAAGAACUAAAACUGUGUGACAGUGAAAAGUUUUGAGAGUAGAAUUUUUGUUUUGUUGUUCUCAUUUAUUUCUAUACCAUACAAUUAAAAAGGGUUAUUUUCUGUUUUGGAGUUGGGAGUAAAGAUGAUGAGAAUGAGGACUAAAUUGACAGGGCUGUCACCCAUGAAUGCUAACAAAACAAAUGGUGACCGACACCUUCACACCGGUGUUAUAAAUGGCUGUAACGGUGUCGGUGUCGGUGGUGGUAGUUGUGGUGGAGGCGAAGAAGCACCUGAAAAUUGGGAGAUGCGUCCAUGUGGGAUGUUGGUACAAAAAAGAGUGGAUGAUGAACAAAAUACAAAGCCUCCACCAACUAUUAGAGUUCGAAUCAAAUAUGCUUCAAUUUACCAUGAUAUCUAUAUCAAUUCUCAAGCUACAUUUGGGGUGUUGAAGAAAAUGCUAACAGAGCCAACAGGGUUGCAUCAUGAAGAUAUGAAAGUGUAUUACAAGGAUAAAGAGAGAGAUUCAAAGGAGUAUUUGGAUAUUGUUGGUGUUAAAGAUAAAUCAAAAUUAGUAUUGGUGGAAGAUCCAAUUAGUCAGGAGAAAAGGUACCUUGAAAUCAGGAAGAAUGCCAAGAUGGAGAAAGCUGCCAAAUCAAUUUCUCAGAUCAGCUUACAAGUUGACAAACUUGCUACUCAGUUGACAGCUCUUGAAUCAGUGAUCUCUAAAGGGGGAAGAGUAGCAGAAAAGGAUAUUGUAAAUUUCAUUGAGUUAUUGAUGAAUGAAUUGAUCAAAUUAGAUGGCAUUGUUGCAGAUGGAGAUGUCAAAUUGCAAAGAAAGAUGCAGAUGAGAAGAGUUCAAAAGUAUGUAGAAACAUUGGAUAUGCUAAAGUUUAAAAAUUCAAUGCCAGUAACAAAUGGUGUUGAUCAACAUAAAUUAGGAAAUGGGCAUGCCAAACAUAAUGGGAAACCACCACUCCCUCAACAACGGCAAAGGCAUAAUAUAGGCCACUCGCCACUAAAGCCACAACCGCACCACCAUCAACAACAACAACGAUCGACGCAUUCGGCUUUUGGGACUCGAGUAACAACACAAUGGGAGACGUUUGAAGGUGCGCCACCUCUUAUUCCGGUCUCUUCUACAUCAUCAUCAGGAUCAACUACUCCAAAUAAAGUUUUAAACCCCAAGUUCCCUUGGGACUUUUGAGUAAGGAGGAACUUAUACAUAUUCCAUAGUAUGUUAAUUCAAUGUGUGUGGAUGUUUAUCAUUAUUUUUACUUUUUGAUAUUUUCCAAUAUUUCUGUCCAUUGGGAUUUUUUUGUGUUUGUUCAUUCUUUUAUGUAUCUAGAUUUGUUAGCACACCCCCUUAUUAUCUCCCCAUUUUGGGAAAUAAAUGGAGGAAUAUUAGUAUUACUAUAAUUGUUCAUCGAAUUAGUUGGAUAUAUACUUUGUUACUAUUCUACAUGCAAUUUUGUGUUAUUUACCACUUUUAUUUUAAACAAA